AACAACAACUCCAGAAUCGACAACAACUCCAGAACCGACAACAACUCCAGAACCGACAACGACUCCAGAGCCCACUACGACUCCAGAACCGACAACUCCAGAACCGACAACAACUCCAGAACCGACAACAACUCCAGAACCGACAACAACUCCAGAACCGACAACGACUCCAGAGCCCACUACGACUCCAGAACCAACAACGACUCCAGAACCGACAACAACUCCAGAACCGACAACAACUCCAGAACCGACAACAACUCCAGAACCGACAACGACUCCAGAGCCCACUACGACUCCAGAACCAACAAUGACUCCAGAACCGACAACAACUCCAGAACCGACAACGACUCCAGAACCGACAACAACUCCAGAACCGACAACCACCCCAGAACCGACAACAACUCCAGAACCAACAACAACUCCAGAACCAACAACAACUCC